GACAGAGUAAAAUUAAACGGUGGAUCUUCCUCAUCAAAUGUGCUAUUAUCCGGAAGGGUGAAAUUCACUCAUUUUCCUACCCCUAAAAUCCUCCAUUUCUGGGAUUUGAAGCUGAAAAAAAAUGUCGGAUUAUCUUCCAAAGGAUGUUCUUGUAGAUAUUCUAUCAAAAUUACCAUUGAAAACCCUCGUUCAAUGCACCACCGUAUGCAAAUCAUGGUAUUCCAUAAUCAUAAACCCUAAUUUCAUCUCUCUCCAUCACAACACCCACAUCACCACCUCCGGUCGCCGUCCUUUACUCUUCGUCCGCCACUACAACAUGUUCGACAAGGUCGAACGUUACGCUUUGCACUUCGACGAUGAAGAGUUAGAAGAUUCAUCAGAUGCCGAUUCAUUCGAGGAGUAUCUUGAGCUGAAAUGCCCCGAAAGAAGUCGUAGUGAGUAUUUAAGAAUCGUUGGUUGCUGUAAUGGCCUUAUUUGCCUAUCUGAUGAUUAUGAUAAGUUUACGGAUACUGUGGUUUUAUGGAAUCCUAUAAUUCGUAAACAUGUGGGUUUGCCGAACCCUAAUUUGGGGUAUAAUGGACGUGGGUCUUGUAUUUAUGGGUUUGGGUUUGAUGGUGUGAAGCAUGAUUAUAAAGUUGUUAGGGUUGUUUAUAAUAGUACUGCUACUGAGGAUUAUAAAUUGCAGAUUCCACCGACCAUUGAGUUUCUUGAUAAAUUGAGGGCUGUUAAAUUCUUGGUUCCACCUGGGGUUGAGGUUUACUCUUUGAGUAGUGGGGUUUGGAGGACUAUUUCUGAUGCCUUUCCUUCGUAUAUUUUGCAUCAAAAUCAUUCUGUUUCGACUUAUCUUAAUGGGGCUGUUCAUUGGAUUGCAUCUCAUUCAAGUGAUGAUGAUGAUGAUGGUAAUGGGAAUAGCAACAAUGAUAGUAAUAGUAGUAGUAGUAGCAGCAGCAGCUGUAAUAAUAAAGAUUGUAGUUUUAUUGUAGCAUUCGAUGUGGGGACUGAAAAAUUUGGUGAAAUAAGCCUGCCAGAUAGUGUUGCUGAGAGAAAUGUAAUGAAAUUGGAUGUGAUGAUUACGGGCACGUCGCUUGCCCUAAUUGAGUAUGAAAAGUUUUGGCAGAGUGAUUACUGCUGGAUAUGGGUGAUGAAAGAGUAUGGUGCGGUGAAGUCUUGGAGUAGACUGCAUAAUAUUGAUUUGAGAGGUGGAUUCAGGAAUAUUGUGGGAUUUAGGACUCACGGUGAAUUAUUGAUUUCUGCUAGAAUGGUAGGAAUGGUUUCAUACAACCCCAAGAGGAGAAACAUAAGCUAUCUUGGAAUCCAUGGCACCAACCGCUCAUUCCAUGGUGAGCCUUUUUUCGAGAGCCUGGCUUUAGUUGGGAAAAAAGAUAGAUUUGCACAGCAGGCAAAUUCGAGAUUUGCACAGCAGGAAAAUUCGACUACUGAUGUUGUUCAAGAAGUUGGAUCUGUACUGGAUAAUGGUGAAGAUGGAUCUGUACUGGAUAAUGGUGGAGAUGGAACUGUACUGGAUAAUGGUGGAGAUGGAACUGUACUGGAUAAUGGUGGAGAUGGAACUGUACUGGAUAAUGGUGGAGAUGGAACUGAGGAACAUACAUGAUAGUUAGUCCAGCAUACUGUUGUGUCCAAUCCCUCAUUGGGCAUAAGGGUAAACAGCGCUGAAGAGAUUGUUUCAAAGUUAGGGGAGAUGUCGAGGGAAGCAGUUUCGCUUGUAUUACAAGUCGUUCAGAAAUCGGAAUCGUCCGGUGCAAAGGACUAAUAUCUCAGUUGACAUUUUCUAUAACCCUCUGGAGUCUGGACCCAUAAGAUGCAAAGAAAUUCAAGACAAGUAGGCCUACUGCCUAAUCAGUAUCUUGACAAGCCAAUUAUAUCCUUCUCCACUUGGGUCUUCGUUCAUGUGGUAUUAUGUUGUCAUGUCUAUACUUAUUCUCCUUGGUAAUGGUCUUAUCCUAUCUCUUGACAUUGACAAAAUCUCUCUCUCUUCUCUCUCUCGGUCUCUCUUGUUGGCCGCUCAAGGAGUGUGGUUGAGAAAGUCUGUAAUCCUCAAGGGAGAAGUUGUUGAGAGGGGUGGGGUAUGUAUACUUGCCAAAUUAAAAAAAAUGGUGAGUGGGAUAUGAAUGGUUGGAUGCUCAAGGGAUAGGAUGUUGGGAUGUUUGAUUGAUUACUGGUGCAGACAGUAAGGGCGAGGUAGGGAAACAAGGAUUUCACUCUGGAGUUCCUUAGUUUUGGGUUUUGUCCAAUAAAUAUGGUGGUUGAUUUACUGAAGCUCCUCCAGCAUUUUUUUCCCUUGUUAUUUGUGACAAAAUUUGCAUCUGAGUAACAGAUGUUUAGUGGGAAUUUAACUUCUUGCUCUUUGCUGAUAAUGACUGCCUUUUAAGGUGUUCUUGUUAAUUUGGUUAGAAUUAGAUUUCAUUGACUAGUUAUCAGGCUCUUUUGAUAGAAUAAUGAACUUCAGCUUCGGUUAUACAAAAUGUCUGAUACUUACAUGUGAUGAAAAGGGUAUGCUGCUAAUCUGUCGGUGUCUGAAUGAUACGGGUGUGUCAAAGAGAAUUGAGUAAACUAUUUGCAAGACAUUGCCGUAAAUAUUUCAUGCAGUGAAUAAAAGAAACUUUAUUCUUUAGAUAUCUUUUGCUUGGGGUUGAAUAGUCAUACCAGUUUUGGAGGUUCUUGGUUCUCCUUGGUCUGUGUCCCCAGCCCCAACCUGCCAUCAUCUCCUCUUUUGUGAAUGCUUUGACGGCUACCAUUCAAGAUGUAGAUAUUUUGUCUGAUUUAGGCAACUUGUUUCAGGAAUGCUAGAUUGUAGCGAUGCUACAGUCGAAGGAAGAUUUUAUCGGGAGAUGUUUCACUGGUUCACACCUUGGAUUGUUAAGCAUCCUUGUCAUGUGAUGCUGGCUAUGACUAGUAACUGUAUUUGCAUACUUGGCUCUGUAUAUAUCUCACUGAGUGUGGUGGUGGUGUUGCUCUGUACAUAUCUAGGAAAUUUAAGGGUUUCUAAUACUCUUUUUUUUUUUUAGUGAUGAGUCAUGACAGUGUUUUGCUUUCUUACGAAAUGAAAGAAGAUAGAUUACUUGUGCAA